AUGCACGGCUCCAGCUUUACCAACACAAAAAACGCUUCGAGCUCCGCGAGCAGCGAAAGUAACUUAUCCAUGCACCGCACGUCAUCUGGAACAGAAAGCUCGUCGGAGAACUCCAUGGACACCUCCUUUGAUUCGCUAGAAGCAGGAUUCACAAUCACGAGGGCCGCUGUUCAAAAUUUUUCUUCUGCUUCAGCACGCCGCGUUCAUCUUUCCAACAUAGGUAAAUCUGCCCUCGGGAAGAAGGCCCCUGAAAAAGUAACUACCCGGACCUCCCGUAGUAUCUCUUUAAGCGGUGGUUUGCCGUCACCACACCAGAUGGCGUCUUCAGGAUUGUGGCACAUCAAACCAACUCAACCCCUCGCUGAACCCUCAAAUCCAAUCCCAAUCUAUCAAUGCCGAGAAAUGUGUACUGACCGCGCUGCUCCCCCAAACAAGAUGAAGCAACAUGGAAUUUUCCAAGGUUCGUCGCUGGCUGGCGAUGCUUUGGACAAUAAGAUAUCUCCUGGCGAGCCGUCUUUUAUUGAUAAACGUGCACCCCUCAUCAGUCUCGAGGAUGCUCAGAAGAGAGAAAAAUUACGACGCGACCUAUCUAUGGCAUCGAUCAAGCCGACGACUGUGAACCAACCUGUACCCAAAUCUGAAGCGACUCCCCUACGGUCCCUAGCCCGACGUCUCAGUGUUUUUUCCCAUACAAGACCUAAGAUCAAUUGGUCUUCAAAUCAACCUGAUUUACCUAACAGACCCCAAUCAGGAAAGAAACGCGCGACCAAGGGUAAAGUGAUGAACGGUGAGUCUGUCAAGAUUCAGAAUAUUCAAAUGAUACUUUCCGCCCAAUCAUGCUGCAGUCAUCGUUCAGAUCUGAUUUCUAUAGUCGAUGCCCAAAGACAAGAACGUGAACGUCGGCGUCGUUAA